GGCACGAGUAGUUGGCACUUCCUUUUUAAGACUAUCCACCCCCCAAAAAGCCUAUCUUUUUGACAAUUCAUUCAACAAUCUCGAAGUUCAAAGCUUUUAAAGAGGUUCUGAAGUGGGGGUCCUUGCGAACUGGGAUUUCUGCAAUUUCUGCUCAAAAAUGGCUUGCAGACUUGCAGAUUCUAGGUUCCUCUCCAUGGGCCCCCAUCAAAAUCCAAUUCGAAGCCAAAGAAUUGGAACCCAUUAUUCUUCAGGAAUCUGCUAUUUGAAAUGGGGCAGCCUUCCCCAAAAGGGCAUCAAACGUCAACGGUUUUUAACUCGUAGAAAUUGGACGACAGUUGCAAAAGCGGUUGCCAUUCCAGUUGCACCAUCUUCACCAGACAGUGCUGAGUAUAGAAAACAAUUAUCUGAAAGUUAUGGUUUCAAACAAAUUGGAGAACCACUCCCAGAUAAUGUUACGCUGAAGCAUGUCAUUGAUACCCUUCCGAAAAAGGUAUUUGAGAUUGAUGAUGGGAAAGCAUGGAAGUCAGUUCUAAUAUCUGCCACUUCCUAUGCAUUCGGGCUCUAUAUGAUUUCAAAAGCCCCAUGGUAUCUACUUCCUCUGGCUUGGGCAUGGACAGGGACUGCAGUUACUGGGUUUUUUGUUAUAGGUCAUGAUUGUGCGCACAAAUCAUUCUCAAGAAACAAAUUAGUAGAAGACAUUGUUGGAACACUGGCCUUUUUGCCGUUGAUAUACCCAUACGAACCAUGGCGGUUUAAGCAUGAUCGACAUCAUGCAAAAACAAACAUGUUGAUUGAGGAUACAGCUUGGCAGCCUAUUGCUAAAGAAGAGUUUGAUUCAUCUCCUCUCUUUCGCCAGGCAAUCAUGUAUGGAUAUGGCCCAUUUCGGCCCUGGAUGUCAAUAGCUCAUUGGUUGCUAGUCCACUUCGAUUUGAAGACGUUCAGACCAAGUGAAGUGAAAAGGGUGAAGAUAAGUUUGGCUUGUGUUUUUGCGUUUAUGGGGAUUGGAUGGCCAUUGAUUGUGUUCAAGACCGGGAUCUUGGGAUGGGUAAAGUUUUGGUUGAUGCCAUUUUUGGGCUAUCACUUUUGGAUGAGUACAUUCACGAUGGUACACCAUACGGCACCUCAUAUACCAUUCAAAUCUGCGGAUGAGUGGAAUGCUGCUCAGGCUCAACUUAAUGGAACAGUUCAUUGUGAUUACCCUCAAUGGAUUGAGACCCUCUGCCAUGAUAUCAAUGUCCAUAUACCCCACCAUAUAUCUCCCAGGAUUCCGAGUUAUAACCUACGAGCAGCUCACAAGUCGCUUCAAGAAAACUGGGGAAAGUAUCUGAACGAGGCUACAUGGAAUUGGCGUUUGAUGAAGACGAUACUGACAGUGUGCCACGUUUACGACAAGGAGCAGAAUUACGUUGCCUUUGACCAACUUGCCCCUGGAGAGUCUCAUCCAAUCAAGUUCCUUAAAAAAGUGAUGCCUGAUUAUGCUUGAUCAACUUGUGUGCCUUGUGGUGGGGUCACAGCCAUUUAGGUUCUUGUCUUUUACACACUUCUUUUUGGGUCAAGAUAGGUAUGCUAUCCCAUUUAUUUUUACAUGUUGAUGUUGUUAUUGCUUGUGUUUACACAACCUUUUUUCGAAGUUUUUGACUAUAAAUUGAGGGAAUAAUUGAGGGAAAUUUCCUAGAAGUUCA